UGUUUUCCCAGACUCAGUAUCCGCAGUGCUUGUGUGUCUGUCUGUCUGUCUGUCCUUUUCUCCCCCUCGGAACAUGGGGGAAUCGCGGUUAGGUUUGGACGUCGGCGGCGACUGCGACGAAUUUUCCGCCGGGCCAGACAAGGUCAUGGAGAAAGGGUAUUGCUUCGUCGCCGUGGACCUGAGUUAUCCGUCGUGUCGAGUUGGCGUCCAUGAUCUCCCGCUUCCGAUUUUCCAACGUCGCGGAAUGAUGACUGACGUGAGCGCGAGUGUGUGGAAAAGCUUUGUUGUCGGGCACUUGAACCAAAACGCCGUCCGUGACUUGGAAACGUUGGAUGCCGACAGUCGGAAGAUCGUGGACUUUGAGAUCCGCAUGGCCCAGUUCCUGUGUUUGCCUGCGAUUCUGGUGGACCUUCCGGACACGGGCACGCGUUUGCUGAGUGCGUUGCUCGACGCCCGCUUGGGCAUUUCCAAACCGCGUCAUUUCCACCACCAUCGGUGUCCCUGUGUGUGGGCCAGUGUGAAUUUGGGUUCGGGGGAUGCUUGGGAUCGCUGGAACGACUUCCGAGCGGCGUUUCCGGUCACCAAGAUGCUGGGCGUGGUCUUGGAACUGCCGGCCGAUGGGUCCAUGCCGUGCCCUAGAGUUUGCGAACGGUGGCUGGCUGAACCGUUGAAAUGCGUUGUGGUGCAUGCGGAGUCAUUUGCGUUAACGGGAUCCCUGUCAGAGGCCCAGGAGAAGUUCGUCAAGUGCGUGUUUGUGGCUGGUUGUCAGGCCAUGGUUCGUGGAUCGGGCGCCUCCAACGAACACCUCAAGCGAAUCUCUGCGAAACUUCUAGACUUGUACGACCGUCGAUUAGAAGAUUCCGAUUUCCUGGAGGUGGCGGGCAAGGACUUCGUGGACAGCUUGCAGACCCCGUUGCAGCCGUUGGCGGAUAAUCUGGAAGCGCAGACCUACGCCACGUUCGAAGAAGACCCGUGCAAGUAUGUCAAGUACGAAGAAGCGGUUCACGAUGCGAUUGUGGACAGGAGAAAUGCAGGCCAGGAGCCUCCGUUUGUUCUGAUGGUCGUUGGUGCUGGACGCGGGCCUUUGGUUGAUUCAGCCAUGAGAGCGUCUGACAAGAGCGGCAUUCCCCUCAGGCUUUUCGCCGUGGAGAAGAAUCCCAACGCUGUGAAUGUACUGCUGAGAAGAACCGAGACGGAAGAGAAAUGGAAGAACGUGACGGUGGUGGCAUGUGAUAUGCGGGAGUGGGAAAAUCCGCAAAAGGCCGACAUUUUAGUGUCGGAACUUCUAGGGUCAUUCGGCGACAACGAGUUGUCACCGGAAUGUUUGGACGGAGCCCAACGGUUUCUCAAGCAGGAUGGAGUUUGCAUCCCGCAGAGCUACACGUCCUACGUGGCCCCGAUGCAGUCGUACAAACUGUACGCGGAGGCCAAAGAAUAUGAGGGGCCCGAUGGGAAGAUGCUGUCCAAGAUACACGUUGUCUACAUGAAGAUGAAGAGGAUCCUGAGCGACCCAAAGCCUCUGUUUUCCUUUAGUCAUCCCAACUGGGACCUGACGUCGAAUGACCGGUUCGAGCGAGUGUCUUUCGUGGCCCAGGAUCGGGCCGUGUUGCAUGGGUUUGCCGGCUACUUUGACACCGUGCUGUACAAGGACGUGGUGCUGAGCAUUCACCCUCAGACGCACAGCGACGCCCUCAUCUCCUGGUUUUCUGUGUUCAUUCCUUGUUCGUUCGUCGGCGUCGGUCGAUGCGGUGUGUUUCUUCUGCAGGAGCCUGUGGAGCUGCAGCCCGGCGACGAGAUCACGUUCUGCAUUUGGCGGAAGAGCUGCGACGUGAAGGUGUGGUACGAGUACCAGUUGACGGCGCCCAAAGUGCUUCCCGUGCAGAACGAAGGCGGGACAGAGGCGCCGAUUUUCAAGUGA